CUUGCUGCGUAACCGCGCAGUAUUCACAAAAAUAUUGGUUCGAACAGAAUCUAGCAUGUUAUGAUAGAAUAGUGGAAAACAUGCUGUAUGUAAUUCACAUCUCCCUCUGACGAUGUCUCGCCGAAGAAAAGUUGUGUUACUGAUAUAAGAAAUUAUUAUAAGAAGUACUGCACCUUUUUUCCUUGGUGUAAAUAGCAAAGAUGGCGAUGCGUGAUUUGGUGGAGGGGGAGUGUGGUGACGCUAAUCCACUGAUGAAGCUUGUAUCCCAUUUCACACAGGAUAAAUCCCUACACCAGGAAGGGCUGAUCCAUGACAGAUUUGGUCCCCAUCAACAUUUGCAAGAGAGAGCAUUUCACGAAAGACAAGAGCAUGAGCUUGUUGAAGAGUAUCUGCAGGAUCCAAGAUCCCAUGCACCUCCUCAGACAUUCCGCAUGGAUGACUUGUUACAUGAGAUGACAGAAAUAGAACAAAGAAGCCUGCACCAUACCCCUGUUAGAGCACCAGGAGUAGCAGAUCUCGCAACAAGUGAAUGGGCAGCAGAGUAUAUGUCUACAGAGGUUCAAAGGGCAGAAGAAUGGGCUCAAGAGUAUGACAACAGUGAGAUAUUACACUCUGCAGAGCUGCAUAGCAGUCCUGCAAAAUGGGCAGCUGAAUACCUUGAAGAUGUGAAGCAUGAAGGCGUGUUGGAUGACUCAAAAUGGGUGGUAGAGUACAAACAGGAACUGGAUGACAAUGACGCUCUGGCUUCAGUUGCUGGAACUCUAUUAGAAAAUAACACAGAUCCUAAAAUAGCUAAUUCCAAGUUUAUGCAAUUCAUGCGGAAGCUAAGAGAUGGUGAAUACAAAGUCGAAAAUAACCAGGUUGUUGAUGCACGGACAGGACAAGAAGUGACUGACGAGUCGUCUGAAGCACAGGAAUGGGUAGCAGAUUAUGAGAAAUUCAGUGCAGAAGGUGACUGGGCAUCAGAAUUCAUGCAGGCGGGCGCCUCAUCUAGGGAAGACGUGGAUUUCUGGGACAAUUUGCAAGGUGAAUGGGAGUCUCUUGUCAGACAAGAUGGUGAUGAGGCCCAUAGCUGGUUCACAGAUUAUGAGGAAGAAACCAAUAAGGAGUAUAAGUUUGAAGAAGACAAUCCUUUGCUAGAUCACCCCAAUCCAUUCGAAGAAGGGCUCAAGAAAUUGAAGGAAGGGGACUUGAUCAGUGCAAUAUUGCUUUUUGAGGCAGAGGUUCGACAAAAUCCUGAACAUGCUGAGGCGUGGCAGUAUCUAGGAACUAGCCAAGCGGAGAAUGAACAGGACAUAGCAGCUAUCAGUGCCCUAAAUCGGUGUGUGGAUCUGCAGCCCGGGAACCUUGAGGCAUUGAUGGCACUUGCAGUAAGCCUCACGAACGAGUCCAUGCAGUCACAGGCCUGUAAGACCCUUAAAGACUGGCUAAGGGCCAACCCCAGGUAUAAAGAUAUCGUGCCACCCUCAGACGACCAAGCUGGUCAGCGUCCUCGCCCAAUAACGUCUAGCAUCAUGACAAGUGAUAUGUACAACGAGAUCCGGGAUAUGUACAUUGCAGCUGCGCAGAGGGCGCCGGAGAACGAUCUAGAUGCCAACGUACAGGUCGGUCUUGGCGUGCUUUUCAAUCUCUCCGGCGAAUACGACAAAGCAGUCGAUUGUUUCCAGGCCGCGGUGAUUGCGCGGCCGGAAGACGCCUUACUAUGGAAUAGACUGGGCGCGACUCUUGCAAACGGCGGGCGCAGCGAGGAAGCGGUCGACGCGUACAGACAUGCGCUGUCAUACAGUCCAGGUUUCAUCCGUUGUCGUUACAACCUCGGUAUCAGUUGCAUCAACUUGAGCGCACAUCAACAGGCGGUGGAGCAUUUUCUUACGGCGCUUAACAUGCAGAGGAAGGGUGGUGUCGGUUCUGAUGGCACCGUAACCACGAUGUCGGACAACAUCUGGUCCACUUUACGGAUGACACUAUCGCUCAUGGGACGGUCCGACUUGCACAAGGCUGUGGAUAAGCGAGACCUUGAUCGACUUAACGAGGUGUUUUCCCAUGAAUCAGAGCCCGUGCCGGUUAUGGUAUAACACAGCAUCAUCCAGCUUGAUUGAUUUAACGAGGUGUUUCUUCACAAAUGAGAACCCGUCCCAGUCAUGGUAUAACACAGCAUCGACCAGCUUGAUCGACUUAACGAGGUGUUUCUCACGAUUUAGAACCGGUCAUGGUUUGCCAUCAUUUUAUUGACGUGACAAGUGCUUCAUCACGAAUGGGAACCCGUAGCAAUCAUGUUACGACAAUAUAAGCUUUCAAGUUUUCUCUAAGGGCGCGUUUUUUUUUUACUCGUGAUUCCAGAAUGAGAAUAAUUAGAAGAAAAAAAGCGCGCGUUCGUCUAUCCCGCGUUCCGAUUCCGGAAUGGAAUGAAGGCCAUUUCACCCAUUCUGCUUCCUGUAGCAGAAUGACUCGAAUGCCAUUUUGAACAUUCUCUACCAACCAUUCCCAUUCUAGAAUGAUAGGGGAAAAAACUCACCCUAAAAGAACCCUGGUUUUGGUACUGCAAACUUCAAACUAAAAAAGAUUUGGAAACCAAAAAACCAUGAUACGAACGGAAAUAGACUUGUCCUUGGUUAUGGCUCAAAAGAGGACCAUACAAAGAAUGUACAAGACUGGAGGGUUGGUAUAAACAGUGUUAGCAAAGGCCACAAAAUACACGCCGUUUAUGCGCUAUUGUUUUCAGAGUAUUUCCGAGAUGAAUGAAUGAUUUUAAUAUUUUUUUUAUCUAAUACGCUUUAAUGACCAUACUAAAAUAAAAUGUUUUCUUAUGCAA